AUGCCACCACGAAUGCCGUCUCUCCGCUGCCUCCGAACCACACCCCCCCACCCUCUAGCUCUUCAACCUCCGCGAAGAACCUAUGCCUCCAAGAGCGAACCGCUGACGCUCUCCUACGACCUCCACGAACCCCCAAGACCCUCCUCGGAUGCUCCGCGGGCCAUUAUAUUCAUGCACGGCCUCUUCGGGUCCAAGAAGAACAACAGGAGCAUCAGUAAAGCCCUAGCCCGAGACCUAGGACGGCCAAUCUACGCUGUGGACCUCCGCAACCACGGCGACUCCCCCCACCACCCGCACCACGACUACCUCUCCAUGGCCGCCGACGUCGCCCACUUCAUGGCCGCGCACUCCCUCACCAAGCCGACGCUGAUCGGCCACUCGAUGGGCGCCAAGACAGCCAUGGCCCUCGCCCUGCGCGCCCCGGCGCUCGUCCACGACUUCGUGGCCGUCGACAACGCGCCCGUCGACGUCGCGCUGCAGUCCGCCUUCGCGGCCUACGUCCGCGCCAUGCAGAAGGUCGAGGCCGCGGACGUGACCCGCCAGGCCGACGCCGACGCCAUCCUCAGCGCCGUCGAGCCCUCGCUCCCCGUGCGCCAGUUCCUGCUGGGGAACCUGUACCAGCCCCCGGAGCUGCCGUACCGGAGGUUCAAAGUGCCGCUGCAGAUCUUGGGGGCUGCGUUGGGCAAUCUGGGCGAUUUCCCGUUCAAGGAUCCUGGCGAGGCGAGGUUUGAGGGGGAUGCGCUGUUUGUGAGGGGCACGAGGAGCAAGUAUGUCAGUGAUGAGGCCUUACCGCUCAUUGGCGCUUUCUUUCCGCGGUUCAGGGUCGUGGAUGUGGAUUGUGGCCAUUGGGUUAUCUCGGAGAAGCCGGAGGAGUUUAGACGAGCUGUGGUGGAGUUCUUGACGCCAAAAGAAUAG